AUGGAGGGGCUCACCUUCCCAAGCAGCUGGAGAAUGGCGCUGGUAGAAUUUCUACGAUCGGGAGCUACACCCUCUGAUCAGGAAGAGGCAUACUUAUUGAGAAAAAGAGUAGGUCAGUUCACUCUGAUCGAGGAUCAACUCUACAAAAAAGCCUUCGCUAGACCUCUUCUUAAGUGCAUCGGAUCAGAAGACGCCGAGUACAUACUACGAGAGAUGCAUGAAGGAUCCUGCGGCAGGCACCCGGGCGACCGCUCAUUAGCAAGGAAGAUCCUCCUGGCCGGAGAUACUUUUGGCCGACCCUCCAGGAGGGCGCUGCUCGAACAGUCACCACCUGCUUGUCCUUUCGUUAGUCAAGAACUCAAGGAAUGGUGCGAGGGGUAUGGCAUCCAGCAGGCCUUCACCUCGGUAGCAUAUCCUCAAAGUAAUGGGCAGACAGAAGUCGCCAAUCGAGAGAUAUUGCGGAUCCUACGCGCGCGGCUCGACCAUAUGGGAGGGAGCUGGGUGGACGAACUCCCCAGCGUGAUGUGGGCAAUCCGCACGACCCCCAAAGAAGGAACAGGAGCAACCCCCUUUCACUUGGUGUACGGCGGUGAAGCGGUCAUCCCCGUUAAAGUUGGAGUAGAGUCCGACCGGCUACAAUACUAUGAUGAGGACAACGUCGAGCAAAGACUCCUAGAGCUGGACUUGGUGGACGAGGCAUGUGCUAAAGCCGUCGUCCGGCUAAUGACCUAG